CGCCUUAUGUUCUAACAGCAAUUGACCUUUCAAAGACUGCUGGGGGAAAACGCUCAAAGCCUCUUCCGGGAUUUUCCAAGGACCCCGCCUUAACGAAGUGCAAUUCCCAGUGGCUUGCAAGUUUCCAGCAGGGAGGAUAAAUCUGACCACCUAAGUCCAACUCUCUGACACUUCGGGAAAUGUCCAGGAGUUAGGAAACGCAUCGCCGUGGUCUCUCCAGCCUAGCUGGACUCGCCCCACAAAGAGCUCGGCACCAGCGGUUCCGGUGACCACGGGGAGCUCUCGGAGACCGCCGGGCCGCGCACCGUGUCGGGAUUGGAAGACGCGCCCGCCGUUCCCUCCCGACCCCAGGCGGCGGAGCUGCUGCGGGAGACUGCGCGUGCGCGCUGGGCGGACGGUUCCGGAGACGGCGUUCUUAGCCGCCUUCCGUCUCCGGCGACAGCAUGAAGACCGCGGAGGACGCCAGAGGAGCGCGCAGCGAGGGACCGCGGGAGAUAGGCCUCUGCCUUCUCUGCGGCCUCCCGGCAGCAGGAAAAUCGACCUUGGCGCGGGCCCUCAGCCACCGGCUACGGGAGGAGCGGGGCUGGGCCGUCGGCGUCGUCAACUAUGAUGACGUCAUGCCGGACGCGUUCCUGGAGGAGGCGAGCGCGCGGCCAUUGCCAUCCCAAUGGAAAUUGCUUCGACAGGAACUGUUGAAGUACCUAGAAUACUUCUUGAUGGCUGUCAUUAAUGGGUGUCAGAUGUCUGCCCCACCCAACAGGACUGCAGCCCUGUGGGAGGAUUUUAUAAGGUGCUUAAAGGAUCAAGAUCUGAUAUCUUCUGCUGCGCUGGAGACCCAGUCUUGCUACCUCUUAACGAAGAUUGCUGUUUCUAGACCUUUAUUUUUGAUCUUAGAUGACAACUUUUAUUAUCAAAGUAUGAGAUACGAAGUCUACCAACUGGCUCGGAAAUAUUCAUUAGGCUUUUGCCAGCUUUUUUUAGAUUGUCCUCUCGAGACCUGUUUGCAGAGGAAUGGCCAGAGAUGCCGGGCACUGCCUGCCGAGACCAUUCACCUGAUGGCAAGAAAGAUAGAGAAGCCCAACCCGGGGAAAAAUGCUUGGGAACACAACAGCCUCACAAUUCAGAGUACGCCGUGCUCUUCUGAGGCCAGCCUGAAGUUGACUGAUUUAUUGCUUACCGCUUUGGAAAAUCCAGUAAAAUAUAUUGAGGACAAUGUGGAACAAAAGGAAACAGACAGAAUUAUUUGUUCAACUAACGUUCUGCAUCAAGCUGACCAGACGCUCCGAAGGAUUGUCUCUCAGACGAUGAAGGAAGCAAAAGAUGAACAAGUGCUUCCUUGCAACUUGAAGCUUCUAGCAGAAGAACUCAACAAGCUCAAAGCAGAGUUUUUGGAGGACCUAAGGCAUGGAAACAAAAAAUACCUGUGCUCUCAACAAACCAUCCACAUAUCUGAUGUUAUUUCUUGUUUUCAUUAUGAGAAAGACAACAUUGUCCAGAAAUAUUUUUCAAAGCCACAUUAAAACUUCUGAACUUCCGA